AUCUCAAAGCUUUCUGCUUUUUCUUUUUUGUAAAUGUAUCUCUCUUUUGUUUCAUAGAAGAAUAAUGGAGUAUCAUCCUCAAGCAAUUAGAUUAUGUGCGUUGAUCUUCAUCACUUUCUAUGCUCUUUUACAUCUAGUUGAAGCACAAGACCAAAAAGGAUUCAUCAGUUUGGAUUGCGGAUCAUUGCCAAAUGAGCCUCCUUACAACGAUCCUUCAACCGGAUUAACAUACUCGACGGACGAUGGUUUUGUGCAUAGUGGCAAAACCGGAAGAAUCCAGAAAGAGUUCGAGUCAAUCUUCAGUAAACCAUCUUUGAAGCUUAGAUACUUCCCGGAUGGAGUCCGAAACUGCUAUACCUUGAAUGUCACGCAAGACACAAACUAUUUGAUCAAAGCAGUAUUUGUGUAUGGUAACUACGAUGGUCUUAACAAUCCCCCGAGUUUCGAUCUUUACCUUGGUCCGAAUCUAUGGGUAACGGUUGAUAUGAAUGGACGGACCAAUGGUACUAUUCAGGAGAUCAUCCACAAGACCGUAUCUACGUCUCUCCAGGUCUGUCUCGCUAAGACAGGAACAAGCUCACCUAUGAUUAAUACGUUAGAGCUACGACCUCUUAAAAACAAUACUUACAAUACUCAGAGCGGCUCUCUGAAGUAUUUCUUCCGAUAUUAUUUCAGCGGUUCAGGCCAAAACAUACGGUACCCGGAUGAUGUCUAUGAUCGUAAAUGGUAUCCGUUCUUUGAUGCAAAAGAGUGGACAGAGUUAACUACCAAUCUAAAUAUAAACAGUUCUGGUUAUGCACCACCACAAGUUGUAAUGGCGUCAGCCUCAACGCCUAUAAGUACUUUUGCAACGUGGAACUUCUCAUGGUUUUUGCCAUCUUCCACGACCCAAUUCUAUAUGUACAUGCAUUUUGCCGAGAUUCAAACUCUACGGUCCCUCGAUACCCGAGAAUUCAAAGUGACGUUGAAUGGGAAACUUGCUUAUGAACGCUACAGUCCUAAAACGUUAGCCACGGAAACUAUAUUCUACUCGACACCACAACAAUGUGAAGAUGGGACAUGCCUCUUGGAGUUAACGAAAACCCCAAAGUCUACUCUUCCUCCUCUCAUGAACGCUCUCGAAGUUUUCACCGUGAUCGAUUUCCCACAGAUGGAAACAAACCUAGAUGAUGUUGUCGCUAUCAAGAAUAUCCAAAAUACUUAUGGAUUGAGUAAAAUCAGCUGGCAAGGAGAUCCAUGCGUUCCUAAACAGUUUUUGUGGGAUGGUUUAAACUGCAAUAACUUAGAUAUUUCAAUGCCGCCUGUUGUCACUUCCUUGUAAGAUCAAUCUUUUUAAGGGUUUAUCUUGUUAAUUAUGUUUUAUAAUAUUUACAUGAAAUGUGUUCAUAAAUAUGUCUUUAGAAA